AUGGAAAGAUUGCAACAAAUUGCUAGCCAGGCCACUGCCAGUGUGGCUCCUCCACCACCACCAGCUCAUCCUUUGGACCCACUCAGUCCUCAGGAGAUUAAAGCAGUUUCUGCUGUGAUCCUCGAGCAUUACAAGGGCAAGCAGCUUACUUUCAAUACCAUCACUCUUAGAGAGCCUAUCAAGAGAGCCUACUAUGAGUGGAAGGAGAAGAACGGCCCAGCACCACCAAGAUUGGCCUACUACGUUGUAGUCGAGAAGGGUGUCAAUGGUGUGCAAGAGGGUGUCGUUGAUGUCGCUUCAUUGACUGUUGCGCUCUCUAAAAGCACCGAUGGUGUUCAACCAAUUUUGACUCCUCACGAUCUUCAAGCUACCGAAGAGAUUGUCAGAAGCGACCCUCGUGUUAUCAGACAAUGUGAGAUUGUCGGAAUUCCAAAGGAAGAGAUGAAGAACGUUUACUGUGACGCCUGGACCAUCGGUUACGAUGAGAGAUGGGGAGCUUCCAGAAGACUUCAACAGGCUUUGAUGUACUGGAGAUCUGACGAGGACGACUCCCACUACUCUCACCCAUUGGACUUCUGUCCAAUUGUUGACAUGAACGAGGGUAAGGUUAUCUACAUCGACAUUCCAAACAGAAGAAGACAGGUCUCCAAGCACAAGCACUCGUCUUUCCACCCUAAGCAUGUUGCUGAGAAGUUUGGUACUCCAGAGAACCCCUCUGGAUUCAGACAAGAUGACACUCCAUACAAUGUCACCCAGCCAAACGGUGUUUCCUUCAAGAUGACCGGCCACGUUAUGGAAUGGUCGAACUUCAAGUUCCACAUCGGUUUCAACUACAGAGAGGGUAUUGUCUUAUCUGACAUGACCUACAAUGACCAUGGCAAUGAGAGACCUCUUUUCCACAGAAUUUCGUUGUCCGAAAUGAUUGUUCCAUACGGAUGCCCAGACUUCCCUCACCAAAGAAAGCAUGCAUUGGACAUUGGUGAAUACGGUGCCGGUUACUGUACUAACCCAUUGGCCCUUGGCUGCGACUGCAAGGGUGUCAUUCACUACAUGGAUGCUCACUUCACCGACAAGGCUGGUGAGGCAUUGACUGUCAAGAACGCCGUCUGCAUCCAUGAGGAAGAUGACGGUUUGUUGUUCAAGCACUCUGACUUCAGAGAUGACUUCCAAACUACUGUCGUCACCAGAGGUAAGAAGUUGAUCGUUUCUCAAAUUUUCACUGCUGCCAACUACGAGUACUGUUUGUACUGGAUCUUCAGACAAGACGGUACCAUCAAGUUGGAGGUCAGAUUGACCGGUAUCUUGAACACCUUCGUCUGCGGCGAGGAUGAGGACGUUGGAAAAUGGGGAACCCAAGUUUACCCUCAAGUCAACGCCCACAACCACCAGCACUUGUUCUCCUUGAGAUUGGACCCAAGAAUCGAUGGUGACAACAAUUCUGCCUCUACAUCCGACGCCGCAAGCGGUGAUGGUGAGACUGGAUCCACUCAGAACAUGUACGGUAAUGCUUUCUAUGCUAAGAAGACCGUCUUCAAGACUGUUGCCGACUCCUUGACCAACGCCACCACUACUAGAACUUGGGACAUCUUCAACCCAAGCAAGAUCAACAAGUUCUCUGGCAAGCCAAGCUCCUACAAAUUGGUUUCCACCUGGGCAUCCCCACUCUUGGCUAAAGAGGGCUCUUUGGUCAGAAAGAGAGCACCAUGGGCCGCUUACACCACUGAAGUCGUCCCAUACCGCGACGACGACUUGGGAUACGGUAGAUUGUACCCAUCCGGUGAGCACGUUGCUCAAUGGUCUGGUGACGGUUCUAGAGGUAUGAGAGAGUGGAUUGGUAAUGGUGAAGACAAGAUCGAAAACACCGACAUUCUCUUGUUCCACACCUUUGGUAUCACCCAUUUCCCAGCCCCAGAAGACUUCCCAGUCAUGCCUACUGAGAUCUUCGACCUCAUGUUGCGUCCUCGGCACUUUUUCACUGAGAACCCUGUUCUCGAUGUCAAGCCAUCGUAUGCUAAGACCACCACUGAGGUCAAGCAAGGUCUUACUGGUACCGACACUUGCUCCUUGAACGUGGACAAGACUUCGAGAUUGGCAUUUGCCGAGACAUCUUCUUGCUGCAAAAAGUAG